AUGGAGCCACGAGGGAUUGUCAAAGCCUUUCCCAAGAGGAAGAAGGUGAGGGAUGACUCAGGGAAAAGCGUUCCUCCAAAGAUCCCAAAAGAAGAAGGAACAGAGACGCCUGAGGCAGAGUGGCUGAAACCGGUCACUGCCUACGUGUUGCAAGCUGGCAUUGGCCAAGCCAGGGCGGAGAUCUUCCACAAGCAGAUUGUCCAGAAUGGGGGUGUUGUACACAACCAGCUCUCCUCGGAGGUGACGCACAUCAUCGUGGCUGAAGACAUGGACUGUGAUCGGGCUUUUCGGCUCCUUAAAUUAACCAAGCUACCUUCAGGGUUGCAGCUAGUGAAGGCAUCCUGGCUAAGUGCUUGCAUUAGAGACCAGAAGCUGCUGAGUACGGCUGGCUACGGUGUCUUUAUCCCUCACAGGCAUCUGAUCCAUAGCAGGUACCUGGAGGAGGGAGAACUGCAGAAAGAGCAGCAGCAGCAGGUCCUGGGCAGUGAAAAGAUCCAGCCCCCAGCAGAGGAGGGAGCAGUGGAACCAAAUACUGAAGCACAGGCGGAGGAUUCCUCGCAGCGAGGCCUGGGCACCCUUGGACAGCAGCAGUUGGCUGAGAAAGUCUCUGAUGAUGAAGACAGUGAAGGAGAAGAUGCAAGUGUCACCCAGGGAGAUCUGGAAGCACUGAUUUCUGGCCGCUACCCUGUGAAAUCGUCAGAGGAGAUCAGUGACAGCUCUUCCGCGGUGGCCCAGCCUGCCAGCAAGUGGGUUUGUGCCCAUUCCUCCAACAGCAAGAAGGAGAAUCACAACCAGUGCAUCACAGAGAAGCUGGAAGUGCUGGCAAAGGCCUAUUCUGUCCAGGGGGACAAGUGGAGAGCUCUGGGCUACUCCAAAGCCAUCAAUGCACUCAAGAGCUACCACAAACCGGUCACCUCCUACCAGGAAGCCUGUAAAAUCCCUGGGAUUGGGAAGCGAAUGGCAGAGAAGAUUCUGGAGAUCUUGGAGAGUGGGCAUCUGCGCAAGCUGGAUCACAUCAGUGAGAGUGUUCCUGUGCUGGAGUUGUUUUCCAACAUCUGGGGAGCAGGGGUCAAGACAGCUCAGAUGUGGUACCAGCAGGGUUUCCGGACACUGGAUGAUAUCCGCGCCAAGGCGACUCUCACCAGCCAGCAAGCUGUGGGGCUGAAGCACUACACGGAUUUCCUGGAGCGCAUGCCUCGGGAAGAAGCUGCAGAAAUAGAACAGACCGUCAGACAAGCUGCCCUGGCCCUGAAGCCUGGGCUUGUGUGUGUGGCAUGUGGCUCCUACCGUCGGGGGAAGCCCACCUGUGGAGAUGUGGAUGUGCUGGUCACUCACCCAGAUGGGCAGUCUCACCGUGGGGUGUUCAGCAAGCUGCUUGACAGCCUCCACAGGAGCGGCUUCCUUACGGAUGACCUGGUGAAUCAGGACAACGGUGAUCAGAAGAAGUACCUGGGGGUGUGCCGCCUCCCUGGGCCAGCCCGGCGUCACCGCCGGCUUGACAUCAUCGUGGUGCCUUACAGUGAGUUCGCCUGUGCCCUGCUCUACUUCACCGGCUCAGCUCACUUCAACCGCUCCAUGCGGGCCCUGGCCAAGACCAAGGGCAUGAGCCUCUCGGAGCAUGCCCUCAGCUGGGCUGUGGUGCGAGACCCUGGAGGCGUCAAGGUGGCAUCUGGCCAUACUCUGCCCACUCCCACUGAGAGAGAUGUCUUCAUUCAGCUGGGGCUGCCUUACCGGGAGCCCUCAGAACGGGACUGGUGACACCUAGUUGUCACCCAGCACCCUGGGCCCACUGCCGUGCUGCUGUUUUGAAGGGUGCUGGUUUCCCCGGUGCUUCUCUGUGGUGACUG